AAAGAUGAAUACAGUCCAAAAUUAAUCGUAGGAAUUGCUGUGUCACAGACCGAUGCUCCCUCCUCUACUUCAAUUGCUUUAAAUAUAUCGUAAAACACACUAGCAGUUCAUGGUUCCAGCUGAUCGGUUUAAAUAAACCAUCAUAGUUGUUUAAAGAUGAAAUCGUGCGGGCUUAGGCUGUGUUUAUUAUUGACUUUGACUUUAACUUUGUUUGAUUACGUGACAUGUGCAAAAAUCCUAGCCGUUUUUCAUGCACCGAGUUUUAGUCAUUAUAUUUUGGGUGCAAAACUACUCAGGGCUGUUGCGGAAAAGGGACAUCACGUAACCAUGAUUAGUCCGUUCCCAUUAAAAGAUCCUCCAAAAACAUGGAGAGAUAUCGUACUUGAAGAUUAUGCAAAAGGGUUUAACUUUGGAAAUCUUCUCAAUCUGGCCACGAUGUCCGGCUACCGUAAAGAAAUAACGGUCAAUGAAGUCGGAUGUGAACUGAUACGAAGAGUUGCAACGCACCCAUCCUUCAUAGGCGUGAUAAAUUCAAACGAAACGUUUGAUUUGAUUAUAGUUGAGAGAUUUAUGAAUGAAGCCAUAUUAGGGCUGUCACAUCGAUUCAGUGCUCCUUAUAUUGUGUUUAGUACGAUCGGAUAUUCGAGAUGGACAAAUGACAUGGUUGGCAAUCCUGGGUCUACCGCUUACAUUCCUGAUUUAUAUUUACACUACGGCAACAACAUGACAUUAUGGCAAAGAUUCCACAACACAUUCUUUUAUUGUUUUGCCAAUUUGUACAGACAUUUCUUCACACUUCCGAAACAGAGAAGCAUCCUGAAGGAAACAUUUCCAUAUGCCCCCCCACUAGAGGAUUUAUAUUAUAAUGCGUCUCUAAUCUUAAUGAAUACCCAUGUCAGUAUCAAAUAUGCGGUACCAUCAGUUCCAAACAUGAUCGACAUCGGCGGAUUUCAUGUUAGCCCUCCAAAACCAUUACCCAAAGACCUGAAGCAGUAUAUGGAUGAUGCCUCCAAUGGUGUUAUUUAUUUUAGUUUAGGAUCAAUAUUUCUGUCGAAAGAUAUGACACCAGAAAUAAGAGAUAUUAUAUUACGGGUAUUUUCAAAAUUUAAACAAAGAGUGGUUUGGAAAUGGGAAGACGACAUCACAUUUUCCUCACCAUCUAAUGUGAGGUUUGAAAAGUGGAUUUCACAACAGGACAUAUUAGCUCAUCCAAAUUUAAAGUUAUUUAUUACUCAUGGAGGUUUACUUAGCACCAUAGAAGCAAUUUACCAUGGUGUACCUCUCCUGGCCAUACCAAUCUUUGCGGAGCAAUUCAUGAACGCUGCAGAAAUUGAAUCACUGGGCUAUGGUUUAAAACUUUAUUACACAGAUAUAACUGAGGAGAACUUUAGCCAUCUUGUCAAUGAAUUAUUAAAUAAUGCAAGGUAAA